CAAAUAUUUGCUGGAAAUGUUCAGCUACAAACCUAACCUUCUGUCUUUGCUCUGAAUGAAGGAUCUUCCCAGGCACCAGAGGGGACACCACUGAGGAAGUCUUGUUGCUGAGGAGCUGUGAUCCUUUGGCCUCCACAGCUGGUGAGAUGAAGCUGGUGUUGAGCCUCCUGCUCUCUGUCCUCCUAGCGGAGGUGUGGCUGCUGCCCGCCAUGGCCCCAGAUCCUCAGCCGCCAGCGGCUGAGGCAGGGACCCCAACUCCGAAGACCCACCUUCCCCAUCACAUUCCCCAGAACCAGACGGGUGCUGGGGUCCAGCCUCCCCAGGAGGAGGAGGAAGAGGAGGGAGAGGAGGGACAGGCAGAGGAAGAGGAGGAGCAGGAGGAGGAGCCCUGGCUGGUGGCCAGCGGGCAGGAGCUCUCCAAAGAGACUUCGAACUUUGGGUUCAGCUUGCUGCGCAAGCUCUCCAUGAGACACGAAGGCAACGUGGUCUUCUCCCCGUUCAGCCUGUCCUUUGCCAUGGCGGCCUUGAUGCUGGGGGCCAAAGGGCAGACCAAAGCGCAGAUCGUGAGCGGGCUCCACCUGCAGCACCUGCAGCCCCCAAACGGGACCGAGCCCAUGCUCCUGCCCUCCCUCUUUAAGCAACUCAAAGAGACCCUCUCCCACAACUGGGAGCUGGGCCUCACCCAGGGGAGUUUUGCCUUCAUCAACAAGGAUUUUGAUGUCAACGAGACCUUCCUCAAUUUAUCGAAGAGGUAUUUCGAUACAGAGUGUGUGCCCAUGAAUUUUCGCAAUGCCUCACAGGCCAAAGGGCUCAUGAAUCAUUACAUUAACAAAGAGACUCAGGGGAAAAUUCCCAAACUCUUUGAUGAAAUUAAUCCUGAAACCAAACUAAUUCUUGUGGAUUACAUCUUGUUCAAAGGGAAAUGGCUGAUCCCAUUUGACCCUGUCUUCACCGAAGCCGACACUUUCCACCUGGACAAGUACAAGGCAGUUAAGGUACCAAUGAUGUACAGGGCCGGCAAGUUUGCCUCCACCUUUGAUAAGAAUUUUCGUUGCCACAUCCUCAAACUGCCCUACCGAGGAAAGGCCACCAUGCUGGUGGUCCUCAUGGAGAAAAUGGGUGAUCACCUAGCCCUUGAAGACUACCUCACCACAGACCUGGUGGAGACAUGGCUCAGAAACAUGAAAACCAGAAAAAUGGAAGUUUUCUUUCCAAAGUUCAAGCUAGAUCAGAAAUAUGAGAUGCAUGAGCUGCUGAAGCAGGUGGGAAUCAGAAGAAUCUUCUCACCUUGGGCUGACCUUAGUGAACUCUCAGUUACUGCAAGAAAUCUUAAAUUAUCCAAGGUUUUACAAAGAGCAGUGGUUGAAGUUGAUGAAAAAGGAACUGAGGCAAUGGCAGGAACUCUGUCAGAAAUGAUUGCUUAUUCCAUGCCUCCCAUCAUCAAAGUGGAUCGGCCAUUUCAUUUCAUGAUCUAUGAAGAAACCUCUAGGAUUCUUCUAUUUCUGGGCAGGGUGGUAAAUCCAACUCUUCUAUGAUUCUCGACAUGCAUAAGUACUUAAUGCUAUAGGAGAUGCUGAAUCUAUGGUAUCUGAAUCCACACAGGAUAUUGGCACUGGAUGGCAGAGGAGGAAAGUGUCUUCUCUCAUAGUUGGGGAUGUUCUUAGAUAAAUUCAAGUAUGAAAAUGAUCUAUAUUUAAUGAGAUGUUUGUGUAAUCUGCCUGGUAUUUUAUGCCUAUUUCCUAGAGCCUUUGUUCUCUGAUUGAAGACUAGCUAGGUGGAAGUCCUCUACCUUUGUCUUUUGCUCACAUAUCUGGACCUAAAAAAGAGUAGAUCAGAAUAUUAUUUCAAGAUAAAGCCUUUAGGAGGAAGACAUGCAUACAUUCUUUUGAGUCACUUGCUUGUUUCUCAUCUCUCUGGUACAAAAAAAAGAGAGGUGUUUAUUUUCAUCUAUUUCAGAAUCAUUUCUUGCUGGAAAUAAAUAGCCAUAGUCACUCACAAUCACAGCAUCUGCCUCAAUGUACCCAUUCCACUCAAAGGUGCAUCAAAUGAUGUGGCAAAGGCUUUAGUUGAACCACAGAUCAUCUAGUUUAAUAUUUUCAUUUAAAAUAAAGGAAAUAACAACCCAAAGACAGGCAUUGGCAUAUAUAUAUAUAUCCAUGAAUAUAAUCUACUGGCAUAUGUAUCUUGCUUAGUGUGAGAAUGAGAAGUAAAACAUUUUCAUGGGCCUUUAAAAGUAUUGUGUGCCUUAGAAACUGUGCCUACUCUGCCUAAUGAGUAAGUCAUCCCUGCCAAGAGAAAGGAAAACACUUUUCCAAAGUCACCCAGUUUGGCAAUGGCAGAGGUAGAGGCCUGCCUCUCCUGACCUCAUUCCCUAAACCUUCCAGUCUCCCUUCCUUCUCUAAAACUAUCUGACAGGGUCCAGCUAAACAGGCAGCACACACUUAACUCUCAGUUACCCACUGUGGUUGAAACAGAAUAUGAGCAUGGACUUGUCCCAAGGGAAAAAGGAAAACAGCAAACAUCCCUGAAACUUUCUUAAGGCAGUCAUUUUUCGUCAUAGAAACAAGAAAAUAUUUUAGGAGUAAAUUCAGAGAAUCAUGAAUAGAGCUAACUAAUAUUAAGAGUGUCAACUGUUUUGAUUAAAUGAUUAAUUGGAUAUUAUAAAUGUAUUCCUUUUCUGUUUCGUACCCUAAGUUUAAAUUUACCUAAAAUUAAUUUAUCAACUUGUCAUCUUGAUUACUAAUCUAAAUCAGGGUAAUAUGAAUAGUACUUAAUGUGAAUAGGCAAUAACAUUAAGAGGCUGUCUAAAGACUGAUUUUUCGUCAUUUUAAAAUCUGGACACUAAUUCAUUCCUGUAUCCAUUCCAAAAACUGACACUUGUUCAGGGCAAGGCAAUUCUGGGGUCUAAGGGUCUAAAAAAGAGUGACAAAGAUAGGGGACUAAUGCAACUGAUGUUCUUAAGUGGCUUGAUCAAUUAAUUUUGUUUGGGGAAAAAUAGAAAGGGGGGUAGAGGAGGAUUCAGUCAAAUUUCUCACUUUUAAGAGAUGAAAUCUAGAAAAGAAAGCCCAUAAGAAUACAAUAUCAUCUGGAAUAAAUAUUGCCAAAUCCAGUUAUAAUAAGUUUCAUUUUACUGAAGGACUCACAUAGCAUGCAGAUCAUAACCCCACCUUCCACCCCCAUUAUACAUUACAAAACAGCAACAAUAGAACAACAUUGCUUCUUUAAGGAGGAAAAUGGUCUUAUUCUCUAUUUCAAAGAUUUUUUUUUUUUUAAUGUUGCCCCAUAUACGACUGAAGAUGUUCCUAAGACACUAAGUUUGAGAUUUUCUAUGUAUGCAUGCAUGGUGAAAAAAUUAAGAACAGUGAAAAAUAUAAUUUAUCUUAACAAAAAUGUCAAGGUUUUAACAAAUCUGAACACUGUAUAAGACUUCACUAGACUUAAAUGUUGGGUUUUAAAAUUUGUUCCUAGUACAUUCUCUCUCAUGCAGACAUAUUCACACUCUCACACACUUGCUCUAACAACUGAGAACAGAUUACUGAAUUAAUCUAAUUCAUUUUAUCCUCAAGGCAAAACUCCUACUCCAGCUGAAGAGCCUGCUUCAUUUCAGUUCAAAUAUUUCUUCUAUGUUCAAUAAUUUCAAGACAAACUGGAGCCAUCUUUCCAGAAUAAGAAUAAGAUGCCCAAGCUCGGUUAAAUAAUGGAGAUGAUUUUAAAAACAUGUAUGCAGUUGUGGGAGGAAAAUUCUAUAUGCUCCUUAUUCUAUCUACUUCUUUUAUAUGAAAUCCUUUUGAGCCCUAUCUUCAAGGUAGUUCCCAGCAAAUUUGAGCUCUACAGGCCUGCUUUUUGCCUAUAAUGCUAAUUAAUGAAAUUCUAGAACCUAUCUUUAAAAAUGCAAGUCUCCAUAAUUAACAAAAAAAUGGAGAUGUUUCCUUUUUCCUGCAGCUACAGAUGGAGGGAGAUCUUUCUUUGUCAUACAACUAGUUCAAAAGACCUACCUGGUAAAUUGUUAAACAGAACUUUUACAAGAAUAUCUAUCUUGUUUUCUGGUCUAAAUGGAGAUACGUGUGAAAAUUCUUAACUGUCACCAAUUGUUCUUUACUGUUUCUAUAAAUGCCCUUAGAAGUAUUUUUUAUCAAAGCUUUCCAAGUUUUUAGAAAUUACCAUGUUCUGUGAAAAAAUCUACAAAAGCAAUUCGAUUAACUGUCUUAAUUGAUAAUUUAGUAUCUAGGAAUAAGAUUGCAAUUAACUUCUCUAUAUUCCUAAACUUUAUACGUUGUUGUAAUUUUUCUCUAUCAAAUUAAUUUACUCCUCUCCCAUAUGAAUGAUGGGAAAAUAAAAGAUUAUAACCCUGCUAAAUUUAUUAUUUAACAAAUAAAUUGAUAUUCUUGACUUUAUUUAAAUUAACAGUCAAUGCUGACUAUGAAUCAAAGUGCUGGAAAAACUAAAGCAGCUUUCAUGUCCCAUCAUGCCCCACAAUACUCUAUCCUAGAUUAUAAUAUAUUCAUUUCCACAUUAUUGAUGCUAGUAAGAGAGAUAAUUAAAAUAGCUCAAUGAAAGCCACAAAAAAGUACUAAAUUUGUUUAGCCAAUAUUGUCAAGUUUCUUUUACCUACCCAAUUUUAACCAUUGACAAAAUAAGUAAGAUGAGCAAUUCCAUUUACCUGAUUAUCCUUUGAUGAAGGAUAUUAAGAAUCACUAAUAGCCAAAAAGAGGCCAUAAGAAGGGAAAGUCUCAUUAUGAAUAAUUACCUCCUGAGUAACUGAUAGUUGUUAUCAGUAUGCUACUCUCAUUCAUUACUUAAAAGUGAAAGAUCUUGCUUUUUAAAUACAAAAUAAAAACUGCAGAAAAAUAUUUAAAACUUUUUUCACAAAUAUAGGUUUCCCAUUAACCUAUGUUUUAUUUUAAGUAAAUUCAUUUCUCAUUAUUUCACAUUAUAAAAAGUAAACACACACAUAUGCAUUCACAAAUUAGAUCAUCUUUAUCAUACAUCAAUAUAUUUUAUAAAACAAAUAUUUUCUAAUAUUAAUAUAGUUAUAUGCUGAUUGCAUUGUGAAAUAGAGAAGCUCACAGUAGCUUCAUAUAGUAUAUCUCAAGAACUGACAUUUCAAAAUUAAGAAUGGUAUAUGUUCCACACGCAAAUUUUGAUGGAAAUAUUUAGCAUUAAUACAAAUAAAUGUUGUUGACAUAGCUUAAGCAUGAUAGCUUGGAAGAACAGCUGAUUCAAACUAGAUUCAUCAUUUUAAAUUAAGGAAAGACAAAUACAAUCUGAAAUGUAAACAAAAUAUUUAUAAAAUAAAUUUUCUAUGAAAUAAAGGAAAUCAUCAAUCUAUUAUUUUUAAAGUGCUAGUAACUAAAAGUUAUUGGAAAUCUUCAUAGAAUUUUCAUUGCCAAAUUUAAAUUUGUAAAUGUCCAGGUACAACACAUUGUCACUACAAUUAUAGGACCAAUAAAUUUUGGACAGUUGUUUAUACCCUUUUCAGCAUGACUUUUCAGCUGGACUUGGAGAUCCUUAAGAAAAUGGAAUAUCUUCCUUACUUCCCCAGUCCCCCUCAAAAUGAUUAUCUAGCUAAGGCAAUUUCAGCUGAUUUGGAUUUUCAUACAAUUCUUAAAUGCUAAAAUGCUAAAUGAGAACAAUUAAAGAGAUGGUUGCUUGCACAAAUAAAGGCAGACUUGUCUCUUCUGCAACAGUAGUUAAAGCACAUAACUAAAGUUGUUUUUCAUUACACUUCACUGUAAAACAUUGGAAUUCUGCACACACAUUAUUAUAUUAUAUAUUAUACCUCCUAGGGAAUCUAAUUUAUCAACAUCAGAUGCCAUUGUGUCUCUUUUCCUAAAAAAAAAGAAGUGUUUGUCCUUUUGGCCAUCAAUCUCAUCAGCUCCAGCUGUGUUUGUUUUGUCUCCGUCAUCAAGCAGAUGAUUUAUGGAUUGGAUUUUCUGGAUUUUCUUUUCAAAAAAAAAAAAAAUAAGAAAGAAAGAAAACUUUUAUCCAUAUGAUGCUUACAAAGUAAAUAAAGAAAUAGAGAUAUAAUCUACCUUAAAUAAACCUGAUAUCUGAGAAUCCUGAUUCAAGGAAAAAAUGAAUUACACUUUAAAGAUCUACCUUUACUUACCAAAAAUUCUACGUGCACUUAACAUAGCAUUCAAAUUGGGAAAAAAUUAACUCAUACAACUUUUCAUGCAUUUUGUAUGGCCACACCAGAAAUAAACGCAGGCCUGAAUAAAACAUUUGUCUGGCCUUAAAAAACGUAAGAAACGACGCAUACCUUUACUUCCUUUGAGACUGACUUUCCUAAAUACCAGAUGUGUCAUCUCUACGACAUAAGUUGGAGAAUGUAUUGUGCAAGAUUUUUUGAGAGGUAAAAAUUGAGAUAAUACUUCCUAAAACUACUUCAUAGGCUUAUGUUUUUAAAAUGACAUAUUUUCAUGUGGGUGUGGAAAAACUCUGAACUUUGAAUAAUACAUCACAGAAAAAGACCAAUAUAGGUAUUAAUCUCCUACUUCAGCUAUGUGACAGUGUGCAUUUAUGAGAAAGUUCAAAUUAGAACAUUAUAUGGGAAUGCAUUUAGGAAGUUGUACAUACAGUCACACAUAAAUACAAAAAAGCCCCUUGAAGACCAAUAUGCUUCUUCUUUAGAAUAUUCAGAAAAGAAGAAACAAACCUGAUGCGAUUUGUUUAGAGUGUUUGUUUUCUAGAUUCAUUUUUUAAAUUAAUCCAUUUUACACACAAACACACACACAAAUACACACUCACACCAAGAGAAAAUUCAGUCUAUAAAAAGAAAAAACAUACUCUAAAAAUGAAAAAACAGAGAAAGAUAGUAAUUUUAAUCAAAGGAAGACCGGUAUAAAUCUAUUAGGCUUUAAUGGUCUUUAACAAUGCCUACAUUAUUUAGAAAAAAUAAGUUGAGAAGAGAAUGAAUUACAUUCUGGCGUUGUUAAAUAUGUUCUUCAAUAAAAGGAUUCCAGGACAAUAUUUAGAGAAGAGGGUCAGGGUGAUAGAGGGGAAAGAUCUCAGGAGGCCCAAACUGGAAGGCACCUUGGAGGACGGACUACAAGCCCAGCCUUGUCAUUACAGAGAUGUGCACAAUGGAGCCCAGUGCUCUCCCAGACCAUCGCCCUCCCCCACCUCUACUCUCAUGGCUUUUAAAUGUAAUAUAAAAUGUAAUUAAAAGUAUCCCAUUCAACAUUGUAAUUAAAAGUAUCCUCUACAUCAA